CCGACAAUAAAAUUAUUUCGGCAGAAAGUCUUAGAAUAAAUAUUAUCAAAUUAACGUUAUGGCCACUGACGAGACGGCGAAUCAACCGGAUCUGUCUUGUAUGGAAGAGAGUCUAAUGAGUCUAGAAAAAUUGGACAGAGCAUCUCCUGAUUUGUGGCCUGAACAAACCAGCAAUAAAGUUCCAGGUGUGCACGAGUUUGUUGCUCAAAAUUCGCCCCAGAUGGAACCAUGUUUUUGGACGGCAAAUCUCUCGUCGGAAGACAUUAGUCAAUUGCAUCAACUGGGUAGUUUGGCAAUGACCGGGCUUAUCUCGGAAGUGAAAAGACUGCACGAUUUAGCUUAUCAGCUGGGUCUAGAGGAGGCUAAGGAAAUGACACGCGGCAAAUAUUUAAAUAUAUUCAAACAAAAAUAAUAUUUUUUUAGACUUAUAUGCAUAUACAAUAAAAAAA